UCUGCCGAGGGUUUCCGAAGGCCCUUCGGGGGUUUUUACGAGUAAGGAGUUUCAGGCUCGUUUUGUUUGCAGCCGCGACCACGCUAAAAGCGCUGAGUGUUUCCGGUUAUACUUUGAGUUGUUGGGACACCUUGAAGCAAGGAACCUUAGGAAGAAAAGAAAUAAGUAUUUAAACUUUGGAAGCCAUGGGAGUAAAGGUCCAGAGGCCUCGUUGCUUUUUUGACAUAGCCAUCAACAAUGUACCUGCUGGAAGAGUGGUCUUUGAGUUGUUUUCGGAUGUGUGUCCAAAGACAUGUGAGAAUUUUCGCUGCCUUUGCACAGGUGAAAAGGGUACAGGAAAAUCCACCCAAAAGCCAUUGCAUUACAAAAGUUGUCUGUUUCACAGGGUAGUGAAAGAUUUCAUGAUCCAAGGAGGCGACUUCAGUGAAGGAAAUGGCAGGGGAGGAGAAUCCAUUUAUGGAGGCUUUUUUGAAGAUGAAAGCUUUGCUGUAAAGCACAACAAAGAAUUUCUCCUUUCAAUGGCCAACCGAGGGAAAGAUACAAAUGGUUCACAGUUCUUUAUAACAACUAAACCUACACCUCACUUAGAUGGACAUCAUGUCGUUUUUGGACAAGUCAUCUCAGGUCAAGAAGUUGUGAGAGAAAUAGAAAACCAGAAAACAGAUGCAUCUAGUAAACCAUAUGCUGAAGUACGCAUACUGAGUUGUGGAGAGUUAGUUCCAAAAUCCAAAGCUAAGAAAGAAGAAAGGAAAAGACAUAAGUCGUCGUCUUCAUCCAGUGAUUCGGAAAGUUCAAGCGAUUCAGAAUCUUCUUCUGAUUCAUCAUCGGAUUCUGAGAGUGCUUCUGAAGAGAAAUCUAAGAAAAGAAAAAAGAAACACAAGAAAAAUUCCAAAAAACAUAAGAAAGAAAAGAAAAAGAGAAAGAAAAGCAAGAAAAGCUCAUCCAGUGAAAGUGAAGAUGAAAACCCUGAAGCACAGCCAUUAUCUACUGUCCGUCCUGAAGAAAUUCCUCCUGUACCUGAAAACCGGUUCCUGAUGCGGAAGAGUCCUCCUAAAGUAGAUGAGAAAGAAAAAGAAAGGAAAAGCAGAGAGAAGGAAAGAGAAAGUAAUCUAUCAAAUUCCCAGUCAACGUACCAGAGAAGACUGUUAGUGACCAGAUCUGGAAGGAAAAUAAAAGGAAGAGGACCAAGGCGUUACCGGACACCUUCCAGAUCCAGGUCAAGAGAUCGAUUCAGACGCAGUGAAACUCCUCCACAUUGGAGGCAAGAAAUGCAGAGAGCUCAAAGAAUGAGAGUAUCCAGUGGAGAAAGAUGGAUAAAAGGGGACAAGAGUGAAAUAAAUGAAAACAAGAAAGAUAAUCAAAAAAGCCCAGGAAGAGGAAAGGAGAGAAAAGUAUCAGACCACAGACAAGUUUCUGAAAGCCCAAGCAGAAGAGGGGAAAAGGAGAAGAAAAAAGAUCACAAAUCAAGCAGUAAAGACAGGGAGACAAGAAGGAAUUCAGAAAAAGACGACAAGCAUAACAAAAGCAAGGCCAAGAAAAGAGCUAAAUCCAGAAGCCGUAGCAAAAGCCGAGAGAAAUCAAAAAGUAAAGAAAGAGACUCUAGGCACAGUAGACAUGAUGAAAAGAGAGCAAGAUCAAGAAGCAAAGAGAGGAACCACGAGAAAGGCAGAGAAAAAGAAAGGCGUUAUGAUUCUAGAGGGAGAGAUAAAGAAAGAAGUAGGAGCAAGGAAAGAAGUAGAAGAGCAGGUUCAAGAAGUAAUGAAAAAGAUCGUAGUAAGAGCAGAGACAGGGAGAAACAUAAGUCAAGAAGCAAAGAGCGUGAGCAUGUUCGAGGAAAGCAUAGUUCCAGCAGUAGAACAAGGGAACGAAGCAAAAGCAGGGACAGGGGUAGGAGAGGAAGAUCUAGAAGUAGAGAUAGAGAUCGCAGUAGAAGUAAAGAACAUUCAAGGAACAGAGAUAGAGACAGAGAAAGAAGAAAAGGAAGAUCAAGAAGCAGAGAAAGGAGAGGUACACCGGACAGAUACAGAGGAAGAGAAAGCAGGAGGAGGAGAGAAUCAAGGAGUUCAGAGAGAGAGGAAAGUCAAAGCAGAAACAGGGAGAGGUAUUCAAACAGAGAAAGCAGAAGCUCGUAUAAGAGGAACGAUACUGAAAGCCAAAGGAAGAGGCGUUCAAAGAGCCGUGAAAGUAGCAGUCCUGAAUCCAGUAAAGAUAAGAAGUCUAGCAGAGAUCAGGAUAGAAGUCCAGACUCAAAAAAGAGACCAAGUAGCAAAGAGAGAGAAUCAAAAAAAUCAUAUUCCCGCAGGAGCAAAGAAAAGGAGAAGUCCAGGUCCUCAGCAGAAAAAGAAAUAAACCAAAAAUCAAAGAGUCAGGAAAGAGAUCAAGUCCAUAGUAAGGAUAAAAAGUCUGAUCAUGAAACAAGUCCUGGAACAGAUGACGACAGACAUGGAUGAGUUUGUGGACUUAAUGUUUCCAUUGUCUCAAAGUUUUAGAGACAUUUUGGGGAACGCUUUUUUUAAGAUGUGGACUUCAGUUUGGUCUUUUGAUAAUCUAAAACCUGGAUCAUUUGUACUGCUAAAGUUUUAAUAAACUUGAAAUGAAAAACAAAUUCUGUGUGUAAUACAGUGUGCUAUAUUUUAAAUAUUUCAUUGUUUUAUGUAUCCUUCUGGUGUGUUGGAAGGUAGGAAGGUAACUUCUACGCUGCAUUUAUUUUCUACCUGAUGAACUUAGAAUUUUGUGCAAACAAUGGCUGUCUGCAGAGAGGCUUGUUUCAUGUGUGAGGGAGAAAGCCGCAAAUGUGCUACAUGUCUCUCUCAAGCUAGUAGAAUUCUACAAGGUGUCUUAUCACUACCAUGUUGCUAUAUUCAUAUUCUAGUAUGUAGAAAGCCUAAGGAAAUGAAUGAUUUUUGGAGGAAGAUUCAAUUGUUUUGGAAUCCAAGGGAGUUAAUUUAAGUAAAUCUUCACUGUUUGCACUUUUGUCACUGUCAACAGUAGAAUCCAUUCAUGCACUAAGGCAGUUGUCUAUGUUUGGCAAUUAUUUCUUUGUCCUAAAUAGUUUUGUAGAAAGCAGCUUUUAUGAAGUGCUCAUCUUGUGGUGUAAAUUUUUCUGUAACCUCCUUUUUUCUGCUCCCUGCUCUCAUAUUUGUCUAUUGUGGAAAAUUCAGCUUGGAUGCUUCAGACUACGUUGCCUCACUGCCAUUGCUAGUUAAUGGAUGGACAGGGAUGAGACAUUACCAGAAUUCACAGUUAGGUGUCUGCACCCCUUUCUGAGAGACAGCGCGCACUGAACAGCGUAAGGAACAGGAAAUCUCUUCUAUUUUUGCUGCUGCUUAGCUGUCUUGGAGAGAACUGUUGCUGCUUUCCAGUACUGGGUAUUUUGGGUAUUUGAAGCAGGAUGUCAAGUAAUGUUUUGAGAAAGGGCCUUAAAUUACUUAUUAUUGCUAAAAGUUAGCUUUCCUUCCAGAGUCGCCUUAAUCUCAAGACUGUCCCAUGAGUUCCUGCUCAUCCUCUGCUGCAUGCGUCUUCCUCAAACAAAUUCCCUCCUUUUUUUUAUCCUUUCAUCUCACACCUCUGGGACACAAAUCUGUGUUUCUUAGCACCACACUUGUGUAUAAAACAGGAGGAAGUUGGCUUGUGUUGCUCUGGUAGUGCCUGCGUAUAUGCUGUUUCCAGCGAGCAGCUAGUCGGUGGUAACAUACCUAGUGGGCUGAGAGAAGAAGGAUAGAUUGGCGUGAGCCUUGACACUUCAUUCAGUAUUUGGAAUUCAGUAUCCCUUAAUAAAAGUAGGUUGACAGCUGACAAAUCUUGAAAUUCGUAAAGAAAAGUGGCAGGCAUUAAUGUAAAGCUGUGGCAAAGCAUAAGAGUGUUUUAGUAGAUCUUUUUGUUUUUGUUUGUAAAUCUCUAUUAGUUUUAUGACAUAAUUUGUUCUUAUGGCCUUGGUCGACUUUUGUGCUAUAUAAUCACUUUUAUUAGCGCUUAUCUACAGAACAGUAGCAGUGUUGAAACUUGAUAUUGGGAUCCUGACAGCUGUUAUUCUAAAGAAAAAUAUGUAGGAUUGUGAGCAAGAGGAGCAACCCUUUUAAGGGAAGAAUACUAAAAGCACAAAGUUAUUUUUUUAGCAGAAUAGUUUGUAGAACUGCUUUGGCUAUUCGUU